CGCCGCCGCCGCUUCACCUGCCGGCCUGAGAGCGGGACCAUGGAUGAAAGGUUCAACAAGUGGCUGCUGACGCCGGUGCUCACUCUCCUCUUCGUGGUCAUCAUGUACCAGUACGUGUCCCCCUCUUGCACCAGCUCCUGCACCAACUUCGGGGAGCAGCCCCGCGCGGGGGAGGCCCGCCCGCCAGCCGCCCCGAGUCCCGCCCGCCGCGCACAGGCGCCUCCGGAGGAGUGGGAGCGGCGGCCCCAGCUGCCGCCGCCGCCCCGGGGGCCGCCCGAAGGGAUGCAGGGGGUCUCGGCGCCGGAGGACGAAGACGAGGAGCCGGGGGAUCCAGAGGAGGAGGAGGAAGAAGAGGAAGAGGAGCCGGACCCCGAGGCCCCCGAAAACGGGUCCCUGCCCCGUUUCGUGCCGCGCUUCAACUUCACCCUGAAGGACCUGACUCGCUUCGUGGAUUUCAACAUUAAAGGGCGCGACGUGAUCGUGUUCCUGCACAUCCAGAAGACCGGGGGCACUACGUUCGGCCGGCACCUGGUGAAGAACAUCCGGCUGGAGCAGCCCUGUAGCUGCAAAGCCGGCCAGAAGAAGUGCACCUGCCACCGGCCCGGCAAGAAGGAGACGUGGCUCUUCUCCCGCUUCUCCACCGGCUGGAGCUGCGGGCUGCAUGCGGACUGGACUGAGCUCACCAACUGCGUGCCGGCCAUCAUGGAGAAGAAGGACUGCCCCCGCAACCACAGCCACACCAGGCUGAAGACUAAUACCACAGGAAAUGAAAGGACACAGGAAAGCUUAGAGAACACUGGAGGCAGAACAGCUAAUGCAAGGAAUUUCUAUUACAUCACAAUGUUGCGGGAUCCCGUGUCGCGUUACCUGAGCGAAUGGAAACACGUCCAGAGGGGGGCCACGUGGAAAACCUCUCUCCAUAUGUGUGAUGGAAGGAGCCCCACCCCCGACGAGCUGCCCACCUGCUACCCUGGGGACGACUGGUCUGGGGUCAGCCUGCGGGAGUUUAUGGACUGCAGCUACAACCUGGCCAACAACCGCCAGGUGCGCAUGCUGGCCGACCUCAGCCUGGUGGGCUGCUACAACUUGACUUCCAUGAACGAGAGCGAGAGGAACGCCAUCCUGCUGCAGAGCGCCAAGAGCAACCUGAAGAACAUGGCCUUCUUCGGGCUCACCGAGUUCCAGCGGAAGACUCAGUUUCUCUUUGAGAGGACAUUCAACCUCAAGUUCAUCUCCCCCUUCACGCAGUUCAACAUCACGCGGGCUUCCAACGUGGAGAUCAACGAGGGCGCCCGGCAGCGCAUUGAGGAGCUCAACUUCUUGGACAUGCAGCUCUACGAGUACGCGAGAGACCUCUUCCAGCAGCGCUACCACCACACCAAGCAGCUAGAGCACCAGCGGGACCGCCAAAAGCGGCGGGAGGAGAGGAGGCUGCAGCGCGAGCAUCGGGCCCACCGGUGGCCAAAAGAGGACGGAGCCGCAGAGGGGACUGUCACUGAGGACUACAACAGCCAGGUGGUGAGAUGGUGACCCCCUGCCCACUCCUCUUUCGGGAGGGGGGCGUGAGCAGGUGCACUGACCAUCUGUUGGAGACAUUGGGCCAUCCAGAGGACCGCUGGCUCCGGGUGGCUGUAUUGGGACAUCUGCUUCCUCUUGGUCUUCAUUUUUAUCCAGCUGGAGGUUAUCUGCCUUGUUCGUUUUUUUUUCUUGACAUUUUCAAUCAGUGACUUGAAGUAGGGUAGGAAUGCAUCCUACAUAGAAAACAUUUGAAGGUCAAGGAGAAGCAGUGGCCGAAGGAAAGGGUCUGUGAUCUGUGCAGCCUUGCAGGUGAUCCUUUGGGGAGCUGGACCCACAGAGAUGCACAUGAAAAGCCAAGUUAUGGCUUGGAUGUUCUGCUGAACCUGGUUUGUUUCAUACUGUCUCUGUCAUGGAAAUAUUAGUCUUUUAAAGAGAGAGAAAGGGAAGGAGGCUUCUGCCCUUAGAUGAGGUUGCACGCCGACCCUCACCUGACUGCUGGUUCUCGUCUUUGAACUCUGUUUGAAUGCAGCUUCCAUCCUAAGUAAUGUGUUUUGUUGCUGCAGUUGUUUUUCAACAAAAUCACUGACCAUCUCUAGAGACCCGCAUCCCACCAACCCUGGCAUCCCGGCUCUAUGCCAUGCUUCCUCCUCACCCUUAGGAGACAGGGAGUGGACACAGGACAGGGGUGGCUGUGGCUGAGAAAUGAACAUUGGUGGGGUUUUAGGGGAACUACUUAUUUACUGAGGACAUCACACUGUACCAGUUGUAAUCUUCAAUGUGAGGAAUGAAUGAUCAAUUAAGGGAGAAAAAAAAUCAGGAGAAAUAACAUGUUUAAUAUUUCCAAACCAGCUACAGAAUCUUAGUUUUUAAAAGAAUAUUUCAGAGUUUAAUCUCUUUGGGGACAAUCCUCUUCUUUGCCAAGGUACUACCAGGUUUGAAAUUCUACUGUUCUAGAAGAAAAGAGAUUUAAAAAGAACUUGGCCUAAAGAAUAGGAGCUUAGCUGGUAUGUAUACAAAAUAUAUUUGAGGUCACUACAUGAAUAAUAACUCUGAUUUGGGCCAGGAGACAUGAACAUCACUCACCAGAUGGUCAUUCCAGACAUAGAUACAGACACUACAUUCCAACAUCCCCAAUCUUUGUAGCCUAAAGUUCCUUCCCAUGUUGUGUGCACCUGCUCUUAGAUUGCGCUACACCCAGCAAAUCAAGUUGGAGGGUAUACACUUAACCAAAACCCACUGUAUUGCCAAGAGCUUAUUUUCACCUUUUCCCAGUCACAAGUGCAGUAACCAAAAGUGCACUGACCAAUGGGGGAAGUAGGAAGGAAGGAAGAGAAAAUGUUUUUCUCUCCUCCAACUGGAGGCUCAGAGCGGGUAGAAAGUUUCACACACAUUGAUGUGAUCAGUCCUUCCAAGGAGUCGAAAGACAAGUGAACCUCCUAAGUCAGAUGGAGAAGCCUGUUUCAUCAACAUCCACCGUGUUUGAUGUUUAAGCCUGCUUUCCAUGGGCCACCCCACAGAAUGUUCUCUGGGGUGGAGAGUCCGUCAACCCACCAGCAUUCAUGGAGAGGUGCUGCACAGAGGACAACCCCAUGUCCCCAUCAAAUACAGAUCUGGAGAAGUGGCUCCCAUGCUUCUCUCACUGCCCUUGACUUAGCUGAGGACAGGCUCCCUUGUGCUAUGAACCAAGGGAGACCCUUUCUAUACUUUAAGGAUUCUCUCCUUUAACAAGGUAGAUAGUCUUGGUUCCAGUUUCCCAGAUGAGGAAGGUGAAGCCCAGAGACCAUAGGUGGCUUCCCCAUGGAUUGUAAGGUAGACCUAGCUGACUGCAAAGUGCAAACACUUUACUUAUUCCAUCCUGCUCUUCAUAUGGGAUAAGGCUCAGGUCUCCUAAAGCCUCCUGUUAAUCAUGCAAGAAGCCAGAUGUUAUUGCCCUGAAAUAUUUGUCCCUGACCCACAUAGGUGGCACAACUGUGAUAGCACCAAGCUAGCAGUGACCCAGAGCCGUGCUGCUUUUGGGUAAGUCCCUUCCACAUCACUGAUUCAGCAAUGAGCUGAGAUCAAUGACUUCUUGGGCAGCUGCACUUUGUGAGCCAUAUAUAAGAGUGAGUUAAAAGGGGCCAAGAAAAUAGGAUUUGUCAGUUGGUAGAAAAAUGCCAACCAAAUAUCUGUGUCUCCCCUUUCCAAUCAUGUGUUCCUAAAGUAGGGAGGGGAGGGACAUUGCUGCAGGGACUAAUGAGGGGCUGUGUCUCCAUCUUUACAUUUGGGUAUUACAGUCUCAUGUCUUGCCCAGAAUAGAAAUACACACACACACACACACACACACACACACACACACACACCGACAAUCCAGUGUUUUGUUACGUGGAAAAUCAAAACAAGCUGGAAAGCAUUUGGAUUGUUUCUUCUAAACCCACUUUACUUUUUGGCAGGGAACCCGUGCCGCGCUGAGAGGCGGAGGCAGCCCCUGCUCACUUCACACUGUUCCCGAGGCACCUGGGAUUUCUAUCAAAAGGCUUUCCAUUGCCUUUCUGCUGAAGGCUUGAUGUAUGGGGCUCCGCUUGAGACCAGAUAGCAGGAUGUUCAGAGGAGAAGCCAUCUCUGUGUGUUGGCCUCCUCCUCAUAUCAUUUCAUUGUAAAGUAGCGCACUUGUCACGUCCUGGGGGUCCUGUGUUGAUGGAAAUGGAGAGCUAGGGAAGUAGUGUGUUCUCUGAAAAUUGGCUGCACACCUACAUGCGGAGUGACUCUCAGGGACGGGAUGCCCGAGGAAGGCACCUGGGCUCAAGGAUCCAUGGGCAGUCAGUGACCUCAAGGUCCCAGCCCAAAUCAGCUCCAGGGCAUUAAUGUGCAAAGCUCCAGAACACACAUACACACACACACACACACACACACACGGGGAGCUCCACGUCCUGUCAACCCCUGUAGUCCCCAGGUGGACACCCCUUCCCUUCUCUUGGCAAUGGAAGCCUCAGUGACCACGUUGAUACGAGGUUCUCUGUGUGGGGAAAGGGGGAGACAUUUUAUUAAGAACCAAGAUACACACUUAUUUUGUCUCCUUCUGGCUUUUUGGCAGCCUGCUCUUGGUAACUGGAGAAAUAAUCAUGAUCUUAACAAACGAUGUUAGACAACAGUUAAGGAAAUCAUGGGUAUGCUCAUUUUCAUCUAACAGAGUAACUUCACCAUAGUUUGACCAAAGGUUUGAAGUAUUUAAAGUGUGAGUGGACGGCCUGGGGUUAUGGCUCAGUGGUGGAGCACUUGCCUAACCUGUAUGAGGCCCUGGGUUCGAUUCUCAGCACAGCAUAUAAAUAAAUAAAAUAAAGGUUCAUUGACAACUAAAAAAAAUUUUUUUUAAAAAAGUCUGAGUAGAGAUAGUGCUAAUUUGGGGAAGAAAGUCUACCAGAUAGACUUACUAAGGAGCUGAGACAAGAGCAUCAAAGCAUUAAGAUUAAGCAUAGUAGGCAGGAAUCCCAUUUGACGGUUUUAACCCAGACAUUCAAAUAAUAAAUAAGAUUGAUGCUAUUUUCCUCUCACUUAAGACAAAUGGGUUUGAUAGCUCUGGUGUGUGACAUUCUCAGAAACCCAGGUCCUCUCUUACUGCUUUUACAUUUUCAUGUGUGGCACCCACCCCAUGGUCCAAGAUGGCUGCUGCAGCUCCUGCUAUCUUAUUUUCAUUUAUGAUGCUAGAGGGGAAAUGAAGAGAAGUUGCUCAUAUCACUUCCAGUCACAUCUUAUGGGCUAGGACUUAGACAUUAGCCACAUCCAACUGCAGAGAAAAUGUCUUUACUCUUCAUUGCCAGGUACCUUGAUAAGUGCGGGGGUUCCAUUAUGAAAGAAACAAUGUGAAAAUUAAUACUGAUAAAAAAACUAUUAGUCUCUGACACAAUAGGGAAUUGAAAAAUACUUCAAGUGCUUUUCAAUGUCAUUUAUUUCAUCAUAUGUUUUGCAAGGGAUGAGAUUAAAAUUCAUCACUUUGUAUAGCAUUUAAUGCUUUUCAAAACAUUUUUACAUCUAAUAUCUCAUCUGGCCUUCAUUGCGUUCUUGUGUGCUAAAGGGGAGUUCUAUUCAUUAUCCUAUUUGAGAGUUUGGAAUGAAGAUUUAGAGACAUUGAGAGAUUUCCCAGAGACUCUAAUUCAUUAGCAAGUUGCUCAGAGCCGCAGUCUUCCGACUUCAUAGCCUUUCCCACUACUGUAUGCUGCUCAGCAUCCGUUUUGGGAUUGGGAAUUGCAAGAAUAUGAAAUCUAAGUCUUUAUUGAUUUAUAUCUUCCCUCACCUCAUUGUGGAACUGCAAUGACCUAGAAACUGCCAAGGUCGAGUUGACUCUCCACUCUGCCUCCAGUGCAGGGGCCUCUGUGAGGGUGAAAUGCCCCAGAGAUGAGCAGUAUUGAGGAAGCCCUUGACCCCGGGGGAGGCGUGCAGACACCUCUGGCUGGAUGUCUGCCCUCCUCAACCUCAGAACUACUCACGAUGAAGGUGGAGAGGAUGUGCUCCACUCCUCCGGGAAGCUCAGUAUUAGACGUAUGCAGACUCAGUAGCGCCUGUUAGUGAAGCUUAAGGGUGAUCAAUACAAGCCCUGCUCCACUUCUCCUUCCCCAGCUCCCUGAAAUUUUAUCAGCAGAAUAUUGCGCUAGUUCUUAGAGGGUUUCCUGGUGUUAAAUGAGUUCCUUGGCACAUUCGCUAGAGAGAGGAAAUGCUUUAGGCUGCAGCAAGCUACCAUCUUCAAAGAUUUUUUUUUUUUUUUAAUUCCUCCAGACACAACUUGUGGCUGAGACGAGAGUCCCUGUGAUGAGGACGUGUGGGGGAGAGGAACCAAGGGAGCAGGGUAAUAUAGAAGAAAUGGGGCUAUCAAAGGAGGCAGAUCCUUCAAAGAUGGAGAGAUAAUGAAUAAAAUAUGUGCCAGGCAAUCCUGAAAAACAGAAAAAUGACAGUUUCCUAUUUCUAAGAUAUAGAACAGGGGCAAGCUGAGGUAGCAUGUGGACCACAAUUCCUUCAGCCACGGCAAAGAACAGGAAAGAGAAGGGCUCUUGAGACUGGACCAGAACACCUGCUGCCUUUAGAGCCUGAAGGCUGGUUGGGUUGGGGAGUGGAAUCAAGGAGAAGGCCAGGUUGGAUGUGGGUAGGAAAACCCUGGUCGGUCACCACUGUCACUCUAGGGCUUUCCUUUGCCAGUCAUGGUGCCUCUGCUGCUCUCCUCUGAAAGCUUCCAAGCUGGGACCCAGUGCCAUCCAGGGGGGACUGCACUGGUCUCCUCCCAGGCGCUGUGGGCAUUGCUUGUCGUCCUGCUCCUCCAUCUCUGCUGAACACGAGCCCAUGCCUACGUCUCUCUCCGAGUUCUCCUGCACACAUCUGAACUCAUUCCCCGAUGCUUUGAGUUAGCCCUUCUGGGCCAGCGGGGGAUGCUGAGACCUGUGUGUUUGGUGGCCACGUGCAUCUCCACAGUACGUUGACAGAGAUUUCCAGAGGACUGGCCUAGCUGUGAACACCAGCAACGUCUGCAAGAAAAAAGCCCCUCAACGUCCAGGCAAGGACUCAAGGUAACCUGACAGGAUGCCAGAUCUGGGAACAUGGACACACAGAUGUUUCUCAAGGCCGUGUUCCAAAUUGUCUAUGGAAACCACUGUCACUGCCAUGCUUCAGCACGCUGAGUGGGACCUCUGUGGGUUCCGUGUUCUGCUGCACUCUGGCCACUCAUCAAAGGGCCAGAUGCCCUGCUGGAAAGCCUCAGCCCUUGCUGGGGAAACCCUGUUCUGCAGAGCAGAGUCUCGUGUGACUUAGUCAUUGUCACCCAGCCUUCCAUCUCCUGGCCUUGUGUUUUUUUAAUCAUGUGGCCAUCUUUUCUUUUCCUCCCCUUUUUCUUUCCCCCAGAGUACUUUCUGGAUUUUGCUUGCAUAACUAUUUUUCUUUCAUGUAUCAACUCAAUGUUAGAAAAAUCUGGAUCUUUAUCUGGUGCCCCAUUUUAGAUGUAAAGAUAGUUAUUCAAUAGCUAGUAAAUUAUUUCUCCUAAGAGAUAUUUCCUUUUGUUUCUGUGCAAUAAUAUGUAUGAACUCAGUUACUAGGAGAUUGUAUUGUGACAUUAUCAACCUUUAUUGCUAUUUAAAAAUGAUAGUUUGUAGAACUGAGGAUUUCCAUUGAUGUGAAGCACAAUUUAAUGGAUAAGUUAACAUAUUAAACUGUUGUGAUGUCAAGAACAA